GCAGCUCCUAGAGAGAACUAAGGCGUGCGGAGUGCUGAUGACCAGCACCAUGCUUCUUAUGCUUGGAUCUUAGAUUUCCUCCCUCCCCAAACACUGGUUAAUAAGCCCUCCUGUGCAUCAGCAUCCUAGGCAGAGAGAAGGAAACAAAAAGGAAAAGAAAGAAAGAAAGGGAGGGGGGAAGGAAGAGUGAAUCUUCAGCCAAGUGGAUAAGAUCAGCAAAAGAGUCAGAGAGAGAGAGAGAGAGACUGGGUGCUUUGCUUGCACAGCGGCAAAGUGGGAAUUUAAAGAGCUGCGGUGAAAAAGAGCCCAGAGAUUCCCCAACCACAACACAAGGCAUAACCUCGCAGAAUUACAGAGCCAGGUAGAAAUGACAUCAACUGGCAAAGAAGGCAGCGGAGCUCAGCACGCACAAUAUGUUGGACCGUACCGCUUGGAGAAAACCCUGGGCAAAGGACAGACAGGGCUUGUGAAGUUGGGGAUUCACUGUGUAACAUGUCAAAAAGUUGCAAUAAAAAUUGUCAACAGAGAGAAGCUCAGCGAGUCAGUGCUAAUGAAGGUGGAGCGGGAAAUAGCCAUCCUGAAGUUGAUAGAACACCCGCACGUUUUAAAGCUGCACGAUGUUUAUGAAAAUAAAAAAUAUUUAUAUUUGGUGCUAGAACAUGUGUCCGGAGGAGAGCUCUUUGACUAUCUUGUAAAGAAAGGAAGAUUAACGCCAAAAGAAGCCAGGAAGUUUUUCAGACAAAUCAUCUCCGCUUUAGACUUCUGUCAUAGUCAUUCAAUCUGCCACAGGGAUUUAAAACCAGAAAACCUAUUGCUGGAUGAAAAGAAUAACAUCCGGAUAGCAGACUUUGGGAUGGCGUCACUGCAAGUCGGCGACAGUUUGCUUGAAACAAGUUGCGGAUCACCGCAUUAUGCUUGCCCAGAAGUAAUUCGGGGGGAGAAAUAUGAUGGGAGAAAAGCAGACGUCUGGAGCUGUGGAGUCAUUUUGUUUGCAUUGUUAGUGGGUGCCCUACCGUUCGAUGACGAUAACUUGCGGCAGCUGCUGGAGAAAGUGAAACGUGGUGUGUUCCAUAUGCCACAUUUCAUCCCCCCAGAUUGCCAAAAUCUCUUGCGGGGGAUGAUUGAAGUGGAUGCCUCGAAACGGCUGACGCUAGAACACAUUCAGAAGCACAUAUGGUAUAUAGGGGGUAAGAAUGAGCCAGAACCAGAACAACCAAUUCCUCGAAAGGUGCAGAUUCGCUCUCUCCCUUCCUUGGAGGACAUUGAUCCUGAUGUUUUAGAGAGCAUGCACUCGUUAGGUUGCUUUCGUGACAGAAAUAAACUCUUACAGGACCUGCUAACAGAAGAAGAAAACCAAGAGAAAAUGAUUUAUUUUCUUCUUCUUGAUCGGAAAGAGAGAUAUCCUAGUCAUGAGGAUGAGGACCUUCCUCCUAGAAAUGAAAUAGACCCCCCCAGAAAGCGUGUGGACUCUCCAAUGCUGAACAGACAUGGGAAGCGGAGGCCAGAAAGGAAGUCAAUGGAGGUCCUGAGUGUGACAGAUGGAGGAUCCCCGGUUCCAGCUCGCAGAGCGAUUGAAAUGGCACAGCAUGGACAGAGUAAAACAAUGUUCAGUAAAAGCCUGGAUAUCUGUGACGCCAAUCCCAAAUUCAACAAAGAAGAAAGGAUGACAAGUGCUGACGCAUUGGGGUCUCGCUCAAUCAGUGGAGCUUCCUCUGGCCUGUCGACCAGCCCACUCAGCAGUCCAAGGCCUAUCAGAAAAUUUUUCAUCCCCCCUCAGACUCCUGACCUCCCUUUCACCCCCCGCCCCCAAGUCUCCCUGGACUCCGAUGCUUGUAGGAAUGCUUCCAGGCCCGGACAGGUUCUCCAGCCAAAGCCAGCACUUCAACCCAAUCCAAAGACGCAGACUUUGCCAUCCAAGAGCAGAUUGUCUGAAAAACCACUCCAGUCUACCAAAUCCAAUCCCCUGCCCUCUAGCAAUGCUACAGUCCCUCCUUCCCCAAAUGCUCCUGCACAGAACACUCAGGGUCGUCCACCUGCUCCUGGGUUUAGCCCGCAGCUGGCUGUUCCUACCGUGCAAACCAACCCUAUGUCUCCUGUUAGAUUGCUCCCUUCUAGUACUGACCCAAGCACCAAAUCUAUCCCCAUCAUACAGGUCACCCCUCACCCCUCUCCAAGGGGCAGUCCCCUCCCUACCCCCAAGGGGACACCUGUCCAUACGCCAAAGGAGAGCCCAGCAGGCACACCCAACCCUACGCCACCAUCCAGCCCCAGCAUUGGAGGAAUGCCCUGGAGAACACGGCUCAACUCAAUCAAGAACAGCUUCCUGGGAUCUCCACGCUUCCAUCGCAGGAAAUUGCAAGUACCGACGCCAGAAGAGAUGUCAAAUUUAACUCCAGAAUCUUCCCCAGAGCUUGCCAAAAAAUCCUGGUUUGGUAACUUUAUCAACCUAGAGAAAGAAGAACAGAUCUUUGUGGUUAUUAAGGACAAACCGCUGAGUUCUAUCAAGGCUGACAUAGUCCAUGCAUUCCUCUCGAUCCCCAGCCUCAGUCACAGCGUCAUCUCACAGACAAGCUUCCGCGCAGAGUACAAAUCCACAGGGGGCCCCGCUGUCUUUCAGAAGCCAGUGAAGUUCCAAGUGGACAUAACGUACACAGAAGGUGGGGAGGCCCAGAAAGAGAACGGGAUCUACUCAGUCACUUUCACACUUUUAUCAGGUCCAAGCCGUCGCUUUAAGAGGGUAGUAGAAACCAUUCAGGCACAGUUGUUAAGCACACAUGACCAGCCUUCAGUGCAGCAGUUAUCAGACACCACUAACUGUAUGGAGUUGAUGACUGGGAGACUUUCCAAAUGUGGAAUUAUCCCGAAAAGUUAACAUGUCAGCCAACAGCUUCACCUUCUGUGCUCUGCGAACACUUGUUCACGGAAGGCCACUGAUGUAAGACUGUCCACGGACUGGUUCUGUUUGGGGACUCCCAGCCUCCCCUCUCCCACUGCAGGAAAUGGGUCUCCUCCUUUUCACUCGCCCUACAACACACACUUUUUUUCUUUUCUGUGCUCUGCGGUGCUGGAGAACUGCUCAGUUAUAAAAAUUGCACAGUCGGAGUCACUGGAGUGACAUCAUUGCCCUUGACAGCACACUUCCCCAUUGGCAAAUCCAGACUGCGGGAGGGCGGUAUUAUGACAUAUUCAGGCUAUGUUUUGUUAAGGAGCUUCACCACAGGAAAGUUGUCCUCAAAUUUCACCACCCCAGAUCCUUUUCCCACACCACCCAACUCCCUCAACCCGCCCCCUCCAAUUGUGUUUUUGUUUUUAUAAUCUCCAAAUUUUCCCCCCUCCCAGCCUGCUGGAGGGGCAGAACACAAACGUAGGGAAAAACUACAAGACGGAAGUCAAAUCAAAUAAGAACACUGAAACUUAGGGGGGAACGCAGCUUCCGGCAGUGAGGAGGAGGGACAAGAAUCCACCUGUUGGAGGACAAUCUCUGCGGCUGCCAUGCACUCUUGCCACCUGCACCACCACUGCCGUUGCUGCUGCUCCUCCUCCUCUCCUCAACCCGCUCUCUCUCUCUCAGUUCCUUCCUUCCUUCCUUCUGCACUGGGACUACCUUCCGCCGGCUGAAUUCUCUCCUGCCUCGUGCAUUUGGAUGCAACUAUUGUGUCGUUAGUGCUGCAUUGAUAUAUCAGUAUUAUUUAUUUGCUGGUUUCGUUUAUUUAUUUGUUAUUUAAUUUAUUUAAUUAUUUAUUCAUUUGGGUUUGCGUG